GACCUCACACAGCACUUCCCUCCAUGGAGGAGUGUAAACUGUCCUCUAUGUCCCCUCCUCCCUGUAGAAGAGUGGUGGAUUCCAGCCAGCUGACUAACACCAACAGCCAAUCAGAUUGCAGGUCUGAGUUCAGAACAUUUUUCAGCUCCACUACUUCAGAGAUGAAGGCAGAAUCUGUGAUGGACAGCACGUAUCACACAGGGGUGGAGCCAAGAUCAAGUGUGAACAGAUGUGAAGAAGAGGAGGGCACAGAGAAGACUGGAUGUGGGAUAGAGGAGGAGGAGGAUGGUGGGGAGAGACCGAUUGUGAGGAAGAGGGAUGAACAGGAGGAGGGAGGUGUAACCGUGCAGGGCACUCAGACUGAGAAAUGGGAGAAGAAUGAAGGAAAAUCAGAAGCAAGGCAACAGGAAGGGGAGGAGCUGUCUAUUAUGACCACUUCCUGCCUGCUAAAACAGCCUAGAAUGCUGAUUCGCCCACUUGAAAUGGCAGACAAGUCACUUCCUGUGCCAAGUAAAAGAGUUUCACUUCCUGUGCCAAGUAAAAGAGUUUCACUUCCUGUGCCGAGUAAAAGAGUGCAGAGAGACAGAUCUCCCCGAGGACGGCAUGACCUUUCACCACAGAGGGGGAGCGAGUCACUGAGGCGCAAGGGUCAGGUCGUGACCCGGAAGAGAAAGAACGUUUCCCAGCUGGACAGACCCAUGGAACAGCCACCAUCUUCAUCAGAGAAAGAGAUCUGUGCUGAAGCUCCCUUUAUUUCUCCGGUUGUCUCCCCAAGGAACCAAAUCACAGGGAACCUUGGGGAAGUGAGUGUUCACCAGCACCCUGAGAAGGUUCACCCAGAGGAGCACAGCAGGCCUCUGAACUCUGGAGGAAAUGGAGCAGAGGAGCCACUGCCUCCCAGCAGCACACAUCAGCACCCCAAAACACUCCCCACCCCAACGCAGGCCCACACAGGCACUCCAGGGGCCCACAUAUGCUCCCAGUGUGGGAAAGGAUUCACUACGCCCAGCCUUCUGACACGACACAAGCAAACUCACACAGGGGAACGCCCUUACUGCUGCUCUCAUUGUGGGAAGUGUUUCACGCGUUUGCAUUCUCUGAAUGUACACCAGCGUACUCGUACAGGUGAACGCCCUUACCUCUGUUCCCAGUGUUGCAAGAGUUUUGUUCAGGUAGGUGAUCUCACGAGACACCAGCAAACCCAUUCAGGGGAGCAUCCUUACCACUGCUCCCAGUGUGGGAAGGGUUUCACUUAUUUAGGAAGCCUGAAGAUUCACCAGCGAACUCACACGGGCGAGCGUCCGUAUGAGUGCUCCCAGUGUGGGAAGAGCUUCAGUCAGUUAUCUGGCCUGAAAGUACACCAGCAAUUUCAUACAAAUGAACGUCCGCACAAAUGCUCCCAGUGCGGGAAGAGUUUCUUUCAGUUAGGUGAUCUGACCAGACACCAGCGAACUCAUACAGGGGAGCACCCUUACCACUGCUCCCAGUGCGGGAAGAGCUUCAGUCAGGUCAGUAACCUGAAGAUUCACCAGCGAACUCACACGGGUGAGCGCCCUUACGAAUGCUCCCAGUGUGGGAAGAGUUUCGGUCAUUUGUCUACCUUGAAGAAACACCAGCGUAUUCAUACAGACGAGCGCCCGUAUAAAUGCUCCCAGUGUGGGAAGAGUUUCAUUCAGUUCAGUGACAUGAAGAUACACCAGCGAACUCAUACAGGUGCGAACUUGUACAUCUGCUCCCAGUGUGGGAAGAGUUUCACUCGGUUUGGCAACCUGAUGAUACACCAGCAAACCCAUACAGGUGAGCGGCCAUAUCAAUGUUCUAAGUGUGAGAAGACUUUCAUUCAUAAGUCUGCUCUGAAAGUACACCAGCGUACUCACACAGGGGUUUGCCCCGACUCUGCUCCCAGUGUGAGAACAGUUCCACUCUGUUAGACUAACUCCUGACCCUGCUCCCAGUGUGGGAACAGUUCCACUCUGUUAGACUAACUCCUGACCCUGCUCCCAGUGUGAGAACAGUUCCACUCUGUUAGACUAACUCCUGACCCUGCUCCCAGUGUGGGAACAGUUCCACUCUGUUAGACUAACUCCUGACCCUGCUCCCAGUGUGGAACAGUUCCACUCUGUUAGACUAACUCAGAGUUUGUGAGCUGAGUGUAAGAGGAGCGUGAGCACGAGCGACCGUAAUGUGACUGAAGUGAGGAGCGGGUUUCCAUAAAUGUGGAGCGUCAGCCUGAGCGGUCGCUCCGAUACGCUCCUGAACCGCUCACAUGGAGCAGUCAGCUCUGGCAUGACCGCACGGUCCUCAGUGUCACGUCCAGACUAAGAUGGGAAGCUCCUGAGCGGAGAUGCUUCACUCCUGUUUUCUGAAAAGCCUGAGCUGGGUGUGAUUGGUGCCACUGAGGACAAAGCGUCUUUUCCUCUGCAAAAAUAUUUUACGGUGGGAAUCAAAAAUGGCAACAUGCACAAACAAUCGUCACCCUUAGAUUACUUUUGCAAGUUGACUUAGUCAUAAAUUUUGAUGAGUUUAUAGAAAAACAUUGUAAAUUGUAAUGUUAUGAGCUAAUUUGUUAUACUUUGCCAGGUGCCAGUUAGCUUAAUAGACCAGUCACUGAGCAAGAAUAAAAUGAUGAUUUUGAACAGCUCACUGUUUGCUAAGAGCUAUAAAAUAAUAGGAUUUUGUUGAGAACUGCUGAUUCUUGUGUGAAUAUUUUUGUACAAAAUAAAUGCUCACAUUGAGGAUAUAGUCAGUUGUAAGGACUUCUUUUCCAAAGAGAUAAAGAAAUGAACAUUGAGGAGCAAAACAUCCCUGAGUGCAUCCCAAUACUCGUGAAAAUAUAUCCACUCGUCUCCGAUCCGGGAGUACGGGGGAGAAGAGUCAAUCGGGGGGAACGGAGGACAUAUUUUUUUGAGUAUUGGCACGCUGUGGAGUGGGUGGUCAGCGCAAUCCAGGGGUGAGUAGGCCUUCCUGGUGACCUGCUUCAGGAAGCUGUCCUGAUGUUCUGCUGGCCGCCUCCGCCCAGUCCUGCCCGCAUAUUUCUAUUCCUAUUUUCCAGUACGGAGUCAAUAAGAUCACAAUAAUACAGGGAUGUUCGAACAUUACAGGUCCUAUAAGAGUUCAUCUUUCUUUAAAAGAACGGGUGCUGAUAGACCUUUUUACAAGUGGUGUCAGUACUUAACUCGAAACAAAACAUAUUGUAAAUAACGGUAAAUAACUGCGAAAGCAUGUGUACCGUGUGAGUAGGGCAGGGCUGUGACGUGCUGGCAUCUAGUGUAGACCUACAGAAAGCAUAAUUAGUGGCCGCUAUUGAGUUGAAAAUAGAUUGUGUGAUACACUUACUUUUGAACUGAUCGUGAUCUCAACCUGAUUUAAUUAAUUUCCCUCGAUUAAUGAGUUCCAAUUCACUGACUCCAAUAAUCCAUUGGCAGGUAAGCACACCUCUGCUCACAAGAGUUUCCCAGGUGUACCAUACCUGUAUACACCAGCAAAGCCACUGUAUUUAAACGGCUCGAUAAACACACCGCCCCAACUGUUUAUUUUAAAUAGCCUGGCAACCAAUCAGGAAGGCCGAGAGAGAGAAAACAUUGUAGGUAGACACUUGGACUGCAGCUGUGGAAGGAAAGGCAGGAAAGGCAGUGCACACAGCGCUCUUGAACAGAACGGUGUUCUCUAAUCUGGAUCUGAGCAGUGGAGGGCAGUAAUGUGUUAUAAGGUGUCGACUGCCACAAAUGUAAAGGUGCAAUAGGUAAUCUUGGACUUCUAAUAGUCAAGAGAGGAAUUGCAGCAACAAACGCGCUCAAACCACGACACUGUUUAUCCCUGCCCUUCCACGUCCCCAGAGUACAGAGUGUCGGUCCGUCAACUGUAUAUUUUGAAACCCUAAUUCAAGGACUAUAAACAGACGGGCAUGGUAAACAGUGGGCAUUUAUAUAGCGCCUUUAUCCAAAGCGCUGUACAAUUGAUGCUUCUGAUUCACCCAUUCAUACACACACACUCACACACCAAUGGCGAUUGGCUGCCACGCAAGGCACCAACCCAACCCGACUAUAAACACAGGCAGAGGGUCAACAUGUCAAUGAGCCUUUUUCAAUGAUAGGAAGGGAUUUACAAUGGUCCUGUAACAAUGUUUUACACAAAAAUCUACAACCUAUUGUACCUUUAAAGAAGAAGAUGACAAUGGCCAAGGUACGAUGUGGUGUAUGUAUAAACGUUGUUAAGCAGAGGAGGAAUAUACAAGCAUGUUGCCCCUGUCCUGAUAUUUACAUUCAUUAAUGUCUAAUAAUGGAAUAAACUUCUGCAUUAAGUAUAAAA